GUUUUAUUAAACAUUACCUUCCCUUCACUUCACUAAAUUAUCUGCCGCAUUUUCUAAAACAGCUUUCAACUUAUUUUCAUCCUCUCUCAAUUCUUCACAACCCCAUUUCCAUGGAUUCUAAUUUUUAAGUUUUUUUUUUCAAGAAUCUUAAGCUGAUCUUUUUGUAUCUUUUAUACUUUGGGAUUUCAAGAAAAGACUGAAAAAAAAAAAUGGCAACAUUGAACCCAUUUGACCUUUUGGGUGAUGAUGUUGAGGACCCAAGUGUAAUUGCUGCACAGCAAUUGAAACAGGCUGCUCCUGUUGCUGCUACUGCUACCAAGAAAGGUCCAGUUAAGGGUCAAGUUCAACCUGCUAAGCCUGUUGCCAAGUUACCUUCAAAGCCUUUGCCUCCUUCUGAAGCUGUCAAGGAGUCCAGGUAUGAAGGCCAACGAGGAGGCGGCCGUGGGGGUCCACGCGGAGGAGGCCGUGGUCGCGGACAAGGACGUGGGUUUAACCGGGAUUUUGCUGAUGGUGAGAAUACCUUUGGCGGCAACAAUGGUUUCUCUGGAGUGUCUAAGGCUCCAGAGGAUGGAGAGUCAGGAAGGUCCUUUGAGAGGAGAGGUGGUGGAUAUGGUGGCCCUCGUGGAGGGUUCCGUGGAGGACGCCGAGGUGGCUUCAACAAUGAGGAAGGUGCAGAUGGUGAUCGCCCUCGCAGAGUAUUUGAUCGACGAAGUGGAACCGGACGUGGGGGUGACUUUAAACGGGAGGGUGCUGGUCGAGGGAACUGGGGAACUCCCACUGAUGAGAUUGCACCGGAGACAGAGGAGCCUGUUAAUGAAGGAGAGAAGAUUGUUGAUGCUGAGAAACAAGCUGGGCAGGAAGAUGCUGGAGAUACCAAAAAGGAUUCUCCUGAUGCUGAGCCAGAACAGAAGGAGCCCGAGGAGAAAGAAAUGACCCUUGAAGAGUAUGAGAAAGUACGGGAGGAGAAGAGGAAGGCUUUGCUGGCUCAGAAACCUGAAGAAAGAAAGGUUAAUUUGGAUAAGGAGUUUGAAUCCAUGCAACUCCUAUCAAACAAGAAGAAUGAAGAGGAAAUUUUCGUCAAAUUGGGCUCUGAGAAAGAUAAGCGGAAAGAGGCAGUCGAAAAGGCCAAGAAGACUAAAAGCAUAAAUGAGUUUCUGAAGCCUGCUGAGGGAGAAAAUUACUAUCGUGGCGGUGGUCGGGGUAGGGGCCGUGGUGGCCGUGGAAGAAGUGGCUAUGGAGGUAAUGGUGGAAAUGGCGGUAGCAGCUACAAUGUUCCAGCCCCUAAGAUUGAGGAUGCAUCCCAGUUCCCAACCUUGGGUGGCAAGUAAUGCUGCCGACUAGCCAUCUGAGCUCAUUUUCCAUCUUUGCCCUGUUCUUGAUUUUGUGCUCGAAGAUGGCAGAUCAUCGUCUCCAAGACUCUUUUGGGGGAUUUUCAUGUAUUAGAUCAUCUGAACUUUAUUGUUCUUUUUUUAAGAGUGUAAAUUUAGAUGUCUUCUGGGGUUUACGCCCUUUGGUCUUUCUUUGGCUUUUGACAUGCAUGACUACCCUUUCCCUUCUUAAUUAGGCUGUAGGUCCAUUUUUGAUUUAGUUGUGGGAUCAGUUUUGUUUUUGAAUUUUUAUUAAAAACAAUUUUGUUCCUUUAGCA